CCCCCCAUUGACCGUCGGGAGCGCGCACCGCUUCCUGGCUACGGCAGCCGGGGAGGGUCGCGGGUGGUCACCUUCCCUGCGGGUCGCAGCCAUGGCGGCCGGGCCUCCCCCGCCGCUGGAGCCCAGCCCGCUGCCGGUGUUCAGCGAGGAGGGCUUCGGGGACAAGUUCCUGCGCAAGACCCGCGAGAACCCCCUGGUGCCCCUCGGCUGCCUCUGCACUGUCGGCGUCCUGACCUACGGACUGAUCAGCUUCAAGAGGGGCAACAUCCGUCAGUCUCAGCUGAUGAUGCGGGCACGUAUCCUGGCCCAGGGCUUCACCUUCGCGGCCCUCCUGGGAGGCAUGGUGGUCACAGCCAUGAAAUCUAGACAGUGAAAUCAGGCAAGAGAGAAGCUGUGGCCGCAGGCAUGCACCCGCCAACCCGUGCCUCAGCUGGCAGGGUGGAUUCUGGCUGCGGAUGGAGUUUUCUGAGAGACAGUUGUGAUGUCUUGGUGGAACCAAUAUCAGAGAGGCUCUGUGUUCCAGAGCACUGGAAACAUGACUAAUACACUUCUGUGAUUAACCUGAGAUUUGGGCCAUGCCAUUUCUUAAUUCCCUGAGAGCUUAUUGUCCUGCGCCUCACUAAGGCUCUCUACCCCUGUCAGACCUCUUAUCCCUGCUUGGUCCUGUCACAAUCCGUUAAAAUUGUGUCUGGUGGGUUGUGGUCUGCAUGGAGGUACAGCUUUAGUCAGGCAGUCCACCAGCAUUUGAGAAAUGAGCUGCCUGGGUAGGAAGGAACAGUUGUGUUUAUGGCUUGAUCCUGGCAGGACAGAGUUCACAAGCAGCACGAGUUGUUCGGGGAGAGUAUGUAAUCUGUUUGGUUGCAACCGGUGAGUAAUAAAGUGAAUUGCAGCAAGA